CCCGCCCCCCGCGUCCGCCGACCUCGCCGAUCCCGCAGCCGCCGCGGCCGACAUGAGCUUCUUGUUUGGUAGUCGCUCUUCUAAAACUUUUAAACCAAAGAAGAACAUCCCUGAGGGGUCACACCAGUAUGAGCUCCUGAAACACGCGGAAGCCACACUUGGGAGUGGCAACCUGCGCAUGGCUGUCAUGCUUCCCGAGGGGGAAGACCUGAACGAGUGGGUGGCAGUUAACACGGUGGAUUUCUUCAAUCAGAUCAACAUGCUGUAUGGGACCAUCACGGACUUCUGCACAGAGGACAGCUGUCCCGUGAUGUCAGCUGGACCCAAAUAUGAGUAUCACUGGGCAGAUGGAACAAACAUUAAGAAACCCAUCAAGUGCUCUGCGCCGAAGUAUAUUGAUUACCUGAUGACAUGGGUUCAAGACCAGUUAGACGAUGAGACACUGUUUCCAUCAAAAAUUGGUGUCCCAUUUCCGAAGAAUUUCAUGUCAGUGGCAAAAACGAUCCUCAAACGACUCUUCAGGGUUUACGCUCACAUUUACCACCAGCACUUUGACCCUGUGAUCCAGCUUCAGGAGGAGGCUCAUCUCAAUACAUCUUUCAAGCACUUUAUUUUUUUUGUCCAGGAGUUCAACCUUAUUGACAGACGAGAGCUGGCGCCCCUACAAGAACUGAUUGAGAAACUCACGUCCAAGGACAGAUAAGAGUGUGCGGAGCUGGGCAGCUGUCUCCUGGUGGAGCUGUGUGGAGUGUACUUGGGGUUGUGUUCUGUUUUGUUUUUAUCUGGAUUGUUUCUUUCUUAGGUCUGGGGGCUGGUUGGGUUUCUGCUUAUCUAUUCUGAGUUCAUAAAACCAUGUCCUGUUGUGAGAGGAAGCCAACCAAGAACCAUUCUCUACAUUUGAAAGGGGUAAAUUCUAUCUUAGUGAUAUACAGUAAUUUUUAAAAAAUUAACCUUACUUAAGGACUUUUUGUAAUAUUGUGCUAGAAACAAAAAUGCCUACUGAAUGAAAUGCUGAUGGAUUGGGUUCUGUGUUGUGUAAACCAUGGUGCAUUGUGAAGUCCAUAAAAGAUUUCUAUGUUGGAGCACUCUGCCAGCCUCACUUCCAAAGUGCAGGCACAAACAUAGGAUUGAACAGAACUCAAAAUGAUGCUAGGAUUACUGCCCACUUGUGCACGCUGUAAAAUAGUCUGUCAUCAAAGCCAUAGUUUACCCAAAUUGGUGAUCUCCAGCUUUUACUACAUUAAAGACACAUAAUUAGUAAAGGUGUGCAUGUAGGACAUAACUAUAAAACAAGAAAAAAAUGAUUUCUUAGUUAUUUUUGAUAUGGACUCACAUACUUGUUCAACAGAUGUUUAAAGUUCUACAAGCAGGCCUUUCUCCAUCUCUUAAUAUCUGUGAUAUUGAAACUCGGGGAGGUUGAAAUGUAAGCUACUGCGUUUUGGCUCCUUUCCACAUGUUGACCUUCGCACUGUUUGUGUAAUCCUUCAGGUUAUGUAUGGGAUUGCCAUCCUCAGAGGUGAUGCUAAACUGUGAGGUUUCCUAGCAAUUGCCAAGUAAGCCAUAAGCCUGUGGAAUCCCCUUUUACUUCAGAGGAGAAGGGAAGGAGGGCAGGUUGGGGUGGGUGCUGUGAGCGUAGGGAAUAGAUUGAUUAUAGGGAGUCAAGUUCUGGAAAAAUCUUUUUAAAACCCUGGAAUUAGAAUGGCAUGUAGAUUUUAAAUCAAUUACUUAUAAACAGAGUCUUAAAGACUUAAUUUUAGGAAUCAACUUCCAUGAGAAGUUAAAAUAUAUAUUACUAAUUUUGGGAACAGACAUUACACAUGGAAUUUACAAAGGGUUAGGGAUUCAUCACUUUUUAGCAUUUCCAUUCAGUGAAUGGAGCUGGUACUUGCCUAUCAUUUUAAAUGAUAACUACCUUCAUGGUUGGCCCAGUGUGAAGCAUUGUGACUUCCUCUUUUUUCCACUGUGAAGUCUUUCUCUUUGAAGUGGUGUAUAAUGAAAAUUCUACUUCGUUAGUGACUUGGAAAUGUUAUUUGACAUGAUUUUCUAAUGAAUUAUUGUCAGGAACAAGUUCAGGAACUUAGAUUUUUGAGUAAGUAUCUAGUUUUUUCAUGUCAGUUUUGUUCUUUAGAUACAUGCUUUUCAGACUUCUAGUUGUAGUUUUGUCAGUUCUGAUUAAUCUGCUGUCCUCAAUUAGAAAUGCAUACCCUUCUAUUAGAAACCUAGGCCUUUUCCGUAGUAGAAUAGAGAUGUUUGCUCUGAAAUUACACAGACUGCAAAUGCUUAGUGGGAAAGAAUCUAAAAUGAAGUCAGUUUGGUUUUGUCCUUAAUAGGUAGGACAGUGUAAUUAUAAUUAAGAUCAUGGGGAGCUGCCUCCCCCCCCUUCAUUUCUAGCAGGUACUCAAGUACCAAUUAUAAAAGCAACAGGAGAGCCUGUUAAUGGCAAACAUAUUAGACAAUUGUUUGUUACAUGCUUAUUCAUAAACUAUAGAGAGACCUAACUAAUUUUCUUAGAACACAUCUUUUAGUGUCAAAGUAGGUAGUAACAACCAUCAUGGGUUGAUUUGGGAAUAAAAUCUGACAUUGUGACUUACAUGGUUACUCAAAUGAUCUCUGCCCUACAUAGAUGUCCUGUCAACCUGGUGACCAAGGGUUCCAAUAGCAAUGUGUAGAGAGGACAGUGAAAGUGUGUUUGUUCGUUUAAGCCUUAAGUGCACUGUAAAAGUGGAAAGCUAUUUCAGUAAAUCAGUGCUUGGUAGUUGGGCUUAUUGUCCCAGUAUAUUAGAUAGGAGUUUGCUCUCAGUGGGCCAGAAUCUUGAAGUGCCAUUUUUCCAAGUGUUCCAUUUAAUGAGUUUAGGAGAAAUGAAGAGAGACGUGUGUGACAUGAAGAAGAACAGCCACUCUCCCAGGGAGAGGCCUGGCAUUGGACAUGGCGUUAGAUGACCACAGCCAAGGAAACACACAGGAGAAAGAUGCGGCUCAAUAAACACUUGCUUUCACUUGGUUGGUUUGGACCCCAUGACAGUAAGAUUGAAGCUUGAAUUUACAGAAGAGCUUGUUUAUAAAUGUCUGUCUGUCUUUCCUGAUCUUUUAAAAAUUCUGACUCAUUACCAAGCUAAUUAUUUUCCUUUGAUGUUUAUAUAGAGCUAUAAAAUAGAUGGUGUUCUCCCUCAUUCUUUGUUAGGAGCAUCCCAUCAAAUAUCACGUAGUAAGUUACCAUAGACUUGUCACUCACAGUGCUUUGGUUAAAUGUUGAUAAGCCAAAGCAGGUUUUAGGAGUUAAGGGACAGAGACUGACUAGCAUCGUGAAGAGAAGCUAACAGAAAGUGAGGUAUUUUCCGUUAGCAAUGGCCGUUGCUGGUUUUCACUGGCUGACUUGAUUCACUUCCCACAGCAAUGCGCCUUAUACUGCCCUGGAACAGUAGGUGUGCAUUAGUUGGCUGGUGGCCUUGAAAGUCACUUUGCCUUAAGAUGAAAGAUUUUACUGUCUCUUGUCUUCUUUUUGUUAGUCAUUGUAAAUUCCGAAUGGUAGCAUCACUAUAUUUGGGGGCAGAAUGCGUGUCUGGAGUGUAUUUCAGGCUGAGUUACUGCCUGGAUGGCCAGGAUGGAUGGAGCACUACAAUCCCUCGCCCCAAAGCAGGAAUGUGGACAUUUAUACUUUACAUAUAUAAUCAUCAGUUUCCAUUUUUGUGUGUGUUAAUAUUUUCCUUGCUAUGGGAAAAUAGCAAAAUGACAGAUUUCUUUUCUACCUUUGUCUACACCCUCUCUGAGAGAGGUUUUGAUAACCACUAAAAUAGUAGAAUAUGUGAGAUACAAAUACUGAGUUGUAGAACUUUUUAAAAAAUAAGUAUGUCACACCAUAACAUCCCAAUGAGAGUUGGUCUUCAAACGAGCUCCCUUGGGAGCAAUACUUACUUCAGCAAUGCUGCAAAAUUAUGUUUCUAGACGUUUUCAUAGAUGCCAUGAUAAGUGGCUAGGGACUAUGCAAGAAAAUCAGUUUCAUCGUUUUAAUUGCACAGAAGCUAUUUUAACAACUUAGUGUGACCCACCUUAACCACUAAACAAAGUCCAGUCACUUGACAGUUCUCUGAGAACAGACUCUGCUUCCCUCCUUUAAUAAAGGAGUGCUUUCUUACUGUCACUGCUUUGAAGGGGACACACCAUUUGAAUGAGUAAGCUUUUAUUUUUAAAAAGUUUAGUUUAACUUCCUUAUAUUUAAAAAUCAAGGUCUUCCCCCAGAACUUGUUUCCUAUUUUAAUUCCUUUUUAAACCAUAAACUUUUGACUUUUUGGAGUACUGUAGGAUAGCUUUGAUUGAAAGUCCAAUAUAGAAAACUAUAUCCAAUAUUUAAAAUAGAAGUAGUUUAAGAAAGCAAAGUCUUGUGUUUUGUUUAAAACAGGUUUUCUUUCAAGUGAACCAUUUGACUUUAAAUUACUGGAGAUCGUUGCACACUGAAAUUGAAAAAAGUUUUAUGUACUAAUUAUGCCAUUUCUAAAAUAUAUGCAAUUCUGUAAGUAUUUCACAUGUAACUUGUAACUUUAAAUUGUAACUGCUUUUAGAAAAGAAAUGGGACCAAAAGCAAAUUUGUAAUUUAGGUUGUGAUUGUACACUAUGAAAAUAUCUGAUUUUGAAACUUACUUGGGACAUUAAAGAAUAUACCAGUUCCUACAGACACAGAUCUGUGCUUCAAGGACCACUGCUAAUGUAAUGUGAAUGUCAGAGUUUGAUGACAUUCACCAUAGAAAUAAGUUAGCAGUUUGUUGUAUGAGAUGCUAAAUCUCUAGAAGUAAAGCUAUCUUAAGAUAUAGUUGAGAAAUUUAGUUACAUAACAAAAUUAUGACUGAAGAUGGCUAGCAUUUUUAAGGUUUUAGCAACAAUUUAGAGAAUUCAGUUUGAAGGAAAAGAUUGUGCUCUAUACCUGCCACUCGUAGCUCCAUUUAUUUGUAUUUUGAGAAGAGAAAAAUAUACAGACUGAAAUACUGAGUGUUAAUACAGGUUCUCUCCCUUCUUCUGUGCAUAUACUAUUACACAAUAGAAAACUUUGGAUUAAAGUUCUCAUACAUAAAUAGUAAAACCACUGGCUUUUUCCAGAGUUUUCUUUUAUUUUCCUACUCUUCAUCUGUGUCUGUCUGUCUGUCUCUCUCUCACACACACAGUGGGUUGAUUUUUGCUGAUGUUCAUUGUUAGUGAUUCUGAAGUACUUUUAUUAGUAUAUAGGUUUGGGUUUGUUUUGGUUAACAGCUUUCCUCAUGUCACUGAAGCUGCACUAUUAGUGAUGUAAAGGUAAACCUUAUUUAUUUCUUUCAUAUAUUAUUAAUAUUAAAUUCUUGUAGGUGAAUAUUUCCUAGAGUUUUGCACACGUUUUCAUUUUUAUUUUGUUGGUAGUGCAGGUUAUAAAAUAGAUGAGUGCAUUUUGAUUUGAGAUCACUUUUCUCCUUAAACUGCUCUGCAGAAAUAAAUAUUUUUAGGGAAAAUAGUUUUUUACAACCACUAAAUUGUAUUUCUUAUUUUUGUAUGUGCAUAACCAGGGUGGUGGUGAUAUCACUGAUCUUUUAGUGAACACUUUUGUUCUAUUUGAAAUUUUCUUAUACAUUUAAGUUAUUACUUAAAAUUAUUGCUAGGCAGUGUCAAGAAAUACUGGUUGAAGGAAAAAUACAGUAAAUAUAAGAACAAUUAAAUAGAGAUAUCAUUUCUGAAGACAAAAAGCAGAGAAGUACUGCCAGUGCCAAGUAAUGGGACAUGUGGGCAGUGUUGAGAUUGUGCAGUUAUCUACAGGAAUGAAUGCCCAGAGACAGUGUCUCCAUUAAAGUAGCUGGAUGGGGAAGAGUGGUUUAAAAUAGGAAAUGCAACAUGGGUGCUGUAUUGUAAAUUGUGCCAAGAUCAUGCAAGUUGUACUGUUUUUGAUCAGUUUUGUUUCAUCAUUAUUAUUUUCAAGGGGUUACUGAAUGUUAGAAAAUCUGUAAUGUUUUAUUUGAAAUAUGUAAAUAAUGUAUACAGACUUGUAUGUGAUGGGAAGUAUUUAA